AUGGCGUUUGUUCAUUGUAACUCAGAAGAAUGUACCAAAUCAGAACUGGACCUGUUUCAAAUUGCCCCCACGCAGACAAGCUUGGAGAAAAGUUUGUAUAUCGAAGUGCCGCCCCUCUCAGCCCUUUCUGAUUUGGCACCUCUAGAAUUUUUUAUCCCAGGAAACGGUGAAGAUUAUCUAGACCUGAAUGAUACGCUAUUACACAUCACCUGCAAGAUUGUCAGGGCCGACGGGACAGCCAUCCCCAACGACACCAGGGUGACGUUGGCAAACUAUCCGAUCGCGACAAUGUUCAGCCAGCUAGAUGUCACGCUGGGGGACACCUUGGUCAGCCAGAGCAAUAACUGCUACCCUUACAGAGCUUUAAUAGAAUUGCUUUUGAAUUACAGCGGGGAAACCCUAGCCACCAGAUUUUCUACAGGUGCCUUUUUUAAGGAUACAGCCAGACAUCACGAAUCAACAGUUCUGGACGGUCCAAAUCAAGGUUUUGCAAAGAGGGCUGCGCUGACUAACGGGAGUAGGAAAGUGGAGCUGCUGGGGCACCUCCACACGGAUCUGUUUUUUCAACCCCGACUUAUGAUAAACGGGGUCGAUCUGAAAAUUAAAUUGACACGUGCCAAAGAUGCAUUCUGCCUUUUAACCAACGACGCAGCCGCCGGUUUCAAGGUACAGAUUUUGACGGCCUCUCUCUUUGUGAAGAGGGUGAAGGUGGCACCGGGGAUCAGGUUGGCCCACGCGGAAGCUAUGCGAACCACCACUGCCAAAUACCCAGUGGACAGAGUGAGCAUGAAGGUAUUCAGCAUAGCGGCAGGCACGCGUGUGAGCAACGUGGACAAUUUAUUUCUGGGGCAGCUCCCCAAGCAGCUGGUCUUGGCUCUCGUGGACAAUGAUUCUUUUAGCGGGGAAUACACCAAAAACCCCUUCAACUUUAAGCACUACAACGUUAAUUUUGUCGCUUUGUACGUCGACGGGGAACAAACACCGUUGAAGCCACUUCAGCCUGACUACGAAGUGGGAACCCACGCCAGGGAGUAUAUGAGUUUGCUUCAAUCGGCCGGGAAGCAUUUGGAGGACAGGCCCUUCCUGACGAACUGUGAAGAGUUUGGACGGGGGUACGCGCUGUACGGUUUCAACCUGACACCGGAUCAAGAGUGUGGGGACCAUUACUCUCUGAUCAAAACAGGGAACCUGAGGGCUGAAAUCCGCUUUGCCUUUCCGUUGCCCGAUACCGUCAACUUGGUUGUGUACGCGGCGUUUGAUUCCGUGAUAGAAAUCAACCAAAACCGCAACGUGCUGUUUGACCACGCGUAA